GGCGGCGGGCGGGAUGUCGCGGGCGGCCGUGCGGGUGCUGCGCCUGGGGCUGCGGCCCUACGGCGAGGCGCUGCGGGCGCAGGAGCGCUGCGUGGCGGCGGCGCGGGCGGCGCGGGCGGGCGCGGCGGCGGCCGAGGGGCUGGUGCUGAGCGAGCCGGCGGCGCCCGUGUACGCGUGGGGGCUGCGCGGGGCGCCGGCGGCGGCGGCGGCGGCGCGGCUGCGGGCGCGGGGGGCGGCGCUGGCGGCGGCGCGCCGCGGGGGGCUCCUCACCUUCCACGGGCCCGGGCAGCUGCUGGCGCUGCCCGUGCUCGACCUGCGCCGCCGGCGCCUGCCGCUGCGCGCCUACGUGGCGGCGCUGCAGGCCGCGGCGCUCGGGCUCUGCCGCCGCCUGGGCCUCGCCGCCGCCCGCGCCCUCCCGCCGCCCUACACCGGCGUGUGGCUCGGCGACUCCAAGCUCUGCGCCAUCGGCGUGCACUGCGGCAACUACAUCACGUCGCACGGGCUGGCGCUCAACUGCUGCACGGACCUGACGUGGUUCGAGCACAUCGUGCCCUGCGGGCUGGAGGGCAAAGGCGUCACGUCGCUGAGCCGCGAGCUGGGCAGGCACGUCGCCGUCGCCGACGUCCUCGAGCCCUUCCUCGACUCCUUCCAGGAGGUCUUCGACUGCACCCUGGUCUUCGCGGAGGAGCCGGCGCCGUAGCGCUGACCGUCCCCGACGGAGACCGGCAAUAAACGGGGGCGGCCGUUGCCGUUGCCCAAACGUC